AGAAGAGAGAGAGGAGAAAAAAAAAAAAAAAGGAAAAAAAUCCAUUUCAGCUUUUUCAGUUCUUGGAUCUUUCAUCAUUUUUCUCUUCAUCUUCAACACCGUUUGACGGAAAUCUCGAAACCAGGGGGUUUUAGAUUGACUUUAAUUUAGGAAACAGAGAGAUAAAUUCUUCAAGGCUUUUACAAAAAUGGCGCAUAGAUUAUUAAGAGAUCACGACGCAGAUGGGUGGGAGCGCUCUGAUUUCCCUAUUAUUUGCGAGUCAUGUCUUGGUGACAACCCUUAUGUUCGAAUGACUCGAGCUGAUUAUGAUAAGGAAUGCAAGAUUUGUACACGGCCAUUCACCGUUUUUAGAUGGAGGCCUGGCCGCGAUGCUAGGUAUAAGAAAACUGAGAUUUGUCAAACGUGUAGUAAGUUGAAAAACGUUUGUCAAGUUUGCCUUUUGGACCUCGAAUAUGGGUUACCGGUUCAAGUUCGCGAUACUGCUCUUAGUAUAAGUUCCCAUGAUGCCAUUCCAAGGAGUGAUGUUAAUAGAGAGUAUUUUGCUGAGGAGCAUGACCGUAGGGCCAGAGCUGGUUUUGAUUAUGAAUCCUCUUAUGGAAAAGUACGACCAAGUGACACAAUCCUGAAGCUGCAAAGAACAACACCUUAUUAUAAAAGAAACCGAGCACAUAUUUGCAGUUUCUAUGUGCGGGGUGAAUGCAUAAGAGGUGCUGAGUGCCCUUAUAGGCAUGAGAUGCCUGAAACUGGGGAGUUGUCACAGCAAAAUAUAAAAGAUCGUUACUAUGGGGUGAAUGAUCCGGUGGCACUAAAGCUGCUCAACAAGGCUGGCGAGAUGCCUUCUUUGGAACCUCCUGAGGAUGAAAGCAUAAGAACCCUCUAUGUGGGUGGACUUGAUAAAAGGGUCACUGAGCAGGAUUUAAGGGACAACUUCUAUGCCCAUGGUGAAAUUGAGUCCAUAAAGAUGGUGCUUGACAAAGCAUGUGCUUUUGUAACCUACACAACCAGAGAAGGUGCCGAGAAGGCUGCAGAAGAGCUCUCUAAUAAACUGGUUAUAAAGGGUCUGAGGCUGAAGCUUAUGUGGGGUAAACCACAGGCACCUAAACCUGAGUCAGAAACCUCUGAGGGAGCAAGGCAGCAGGCAGCUGUAGCUCAUAGUGGAAUGUUACCAAGAGCAGUUAUAUCUCAGCAACAGAACCAGUUUCAACCAUCUGGCAGUCAGGACCAGCCGCCACCAAUGCACUACUUCAAUAUCCCACCCCCACCUCAGCAAGAGAGAACCUUCUACCCAUCAAUGGAUCCUCAAAGAAUGGGUGCACUUGUUCCAUCCCAAGAUGGGGAAAACAAAACUGGACCAGAAAAACCACAAGAAGGCCAGCGUUAUACUUAUCAGGCCAUGCCACCACCACUACAUGGGCAGUAUCCUCAUCAGCUUUAUCCGUCAUAUGGGUAUAUGCCACCAAUGCCACCUUACCAACAUUAUCCUCCAUAUCAUUCUGCAAUGCCACCACCUUCUCAGGCCCCACCGACAGCCCAACUGUAUCAACAAUCUGGGACACCAAUGCCUCCUGCCAUUGUGAAUGCACCCCCUGCGAGUAGACCAUCAGUAUCCACUCCAUCUGGCUCUGCACCUUCAGGUGCACCCUUGGCUUCAGCUGCAUCUGGGUCAACCCUGCAGUAAAGGUUCACCUUAUUGCUGUCUGGUCUUUUAAUGUCUCUAUCCAGUUUAGCUUCAAGCUGAUCUUGCAUGUGUACUCAGAUCAUGCCUCAUCGUUUGGUUAGACUAGCAUUCUACAUGCCUUAGGUUGUAGGUCAUACUAAGGCCUAGAUCCUAAUAGAUGUUGCUAGUGUGGAGUGUUCCACAGUUUCAUUGAUUCGCUUCCUUGUAUUAUUUUAUUUACGGGCUUGUGGAUUGCCUUUAUCCUUUUUAAUUUGGUACAAGGAUUGCCUUCAUCAAUAUUGGGAAUAGUGGAUUGAAACGUGAUAAAAUUCUAAGACACAUCUGAAAAUAAACCUUUUACUUCUAUAAAGCUCAAUUUUUGGGAAUAAUAUUAAUGAUUUUUA